CGGAGCUGGAGCAGUACUUCACGGCGCGCACCUCCUUCAUCCGCAAACCCCACAAGGACAAGAUUUCCCCCCCCCUUGAUUCUCUCUCUCUCUCUGGUAAGUCUGUAGAUCUGAUUUCCCUCCCUUCUCUAACAGUGUCUGCGCAUGUACCCAGGUCUGUUUUUUUUCUUGUUUCUCCUGAUCUGAAACCUUUCCUAUUUUUCCUUCUUUCUCUCUUCCCAGUCCCCUGCCUGUAUUCUCCUGCUCUUCUUUUAUUUGCUCAGCCUACCUCCGGUUCGUCCACUAGCUCAGCAUCUCCAUUCUCCUUCUCUAGCACUUCUACUAGUAGCCCCUUUGGGUGGCUUUGGUACCCCCUCGCCAGCACAAUCUGCCCUCUCGUUGGCCGUCUCUCUCCCCGGACAGCAUACUAGGCAGCUGCUGCAGGUGUUAAUGCCAGGUGUGGGUUACUACCCAUAUGCUAUGUAGUAUCUGUUUGUGUGUACAUGGGGGUGAGCAUCCAGGGAUGUGUCCACGCAUGUCUGAUGUGUGCCAUGCAAUAGAGGGGUGUGUGUGCCACGUGCCAUUUGCUUCUCUCUUCUCCCCCACUGCCAUCCUGCGCAGGCAGCUGCCGGCUUUGGCUUUGCGGUGGGAAAGGAAAGGAAGUGGUUCCCAGAAAUCCCAGGAGAGCUCUGAUUGGUCUGUGGAUGAGCAGAUUGACUGGGAGAAGCCGGUUCUGACCCAAGCCGAGAUCGAGCAGAAGAUAAAGGAAUACAACAGCCAGAUCAACAGCAACCUCUUCAUGAGCUUGAACAAAGAUGGCUCCUACACUGGCUUCAUCAAAGUGCAGCUGAAGCUGAUUCGGCCGGUCUCGGUGCCAGCCAGCAAGAAGGCGCCCUCCAUUCAGGACAUCAAUAAGGCGCCACGCUCCCAGGUGGUGACGCGCCGCACGUCCUUCUACCUGCCCAAGGACACGGUCAAGCACCUGCACAUCAUCUCCCGCACCCGCGCCAGCGAGGUCAUCGAGGCCCUGCUCAAGAAGUUUAUGGUGGUCGACAACCCCCGCAAGUUCGCUCUCUUCGAGCGAGCUGAGAAGGAUGACCAAGUGUACCUGCGGAAGCUCUCAGAUGAGGAGCAGCCUCUGCAUCUCCGGCUGCUAGCUGGCCCCAACGAGAAGGUUCUCAGCUUUGUUCUGAAGGAGAACGAGACCGGAGAGGUCAAUUGGGAUGCCUUCAGUAUGCCUGAGCUGCACAACUUCCUGCGCAUCCUUCAGCGCGAGGAGGAGGAGCACGUCCGGCAGAUCCUGCACAAGUAUGCCCGCUGCCGCCAGAAGAUGCAGGAGGCACUGACUACCCGCACCCCGGGCUGAGCCACCCUGUCCCGGACCUGACACUCCAACCGACACCAGGUGGCUAGGAGAAGAGGAGGCGAGGCGAGGCGGAUGUGGAUGGAUCUGCUCCAGGACUAUGCUUGUGGGUCGGGAGCUCCCCUGCGUGGGUGCAGGGAGGUGGGGGGGAGUGUGGGAGGGGGUGGCGGAGGAAUGGGCUGUGGGUGUCUCCCCCGCGGGGGCCCCCGGUGCCGUGUGAGGCACAAGUGUGAGCGAUGGAAGGGCUGUGUGCAUGGGGACAUUUCCCUAGGGGGUUGGGGUGAACUGCCCCCCCAUCAUGUGUGCAUAUAUGUGGGGCUGCUGGGUCACUGCUGGGAUGGCCGCUUCUGGCUGCGCCUUGGGGAGAGGUGGGGUGGUAGAGCCAGUCUGGGUUCAUCCUCCUGCCAGGGCCUGUGGCUCCAUUGAGCCUAGCCGUGUCCGGGGAUAGAUGGAGGCUCAAUGUGGGCCUUAAUGGCAGCCCCUGAAUCCUGUUUCCCAUUCCUGGGGGGUAGCAAUGGACUUAGAGAGUGGGAGUGCCCUGGAUCCACUCAGCCCUGCCCUGUGGCUCAUUAAGUAGGACAGCCAAGACUGCCUGAUGUAGCAAGACCCUAGUUCCCUGGACAGGUGCAGCCACAGGGUGCUGAGCUGGCAGGCAUGAGAACUCUCUUGAUCCAGCUAUGCUCGGGGCUGUCUGUGGAGCAAGCCCAAGGGAAUUGCUCCAGGGACCAGUGCAGCCCUCAAGACCCUGCAUUGGUUUUCCCGUUACCAAAGGUGGCCUCGGUAGAGGGCAGCAUCCAAAGGAAGGCCAGGAGAAGGAGCUCAGGGGACCACAUGAGGCAACCCCAUCGCCAAGUGUAGCCUCAGUGGAGCUGGUGUCAGGAAUGGGUCUGCCCCCAUGGAUAUCCUGGAGAAGAGGCCCUGGGCGCUGUUGCCUGGCAAGGUCCAUCAUGUGAAUGGAGGGAUGGCACCCAGCAAGCUCAGUGAAUCCUGGCGGGAGCAUGGGCCAAUAGCAAUGGCAAGUAGCUAGCAUUGGAGUGAGAGGGGUGGUAGCCCUAGCCUUGGACAGGCCCUAACCCUUCCCUGGAGGAGCAGCAGACCCCUGGUGCCAAGAGAGCUGGGGCACUGGUGCAGGACUGCUAGGCUGGAGUGAAGCAACCGAGCUACUCCCCAUGAGCGUGUGGGACCUGAGAUCAUGCGAAUGCAUCCAAGAGGCUGCCUGCUUUGCAGGGGGGCCUCGCUUGGGGAUUUGAGUUUUUCAGUGAAUGUUUUUGAACUUGACUCUGUUGAAUGUCCCGAGCUUCAAGGGGGACCGCGCUCCCUGGAGGCUCGGCCUGUGCGUGGUGCUGGCUCUGUGUGGAUCAAUAAAUGAUUUGGGGCAA